CGUUAAAGAUGAAGGAGGUGACAUGACUUGGUGGGGAUAUAUAUCUUGAUGUAGCGAUCCUCGAUGAGAUUAUCAUUUGGUCCUCGGCAUUCAUCUGCAAACGGUCUUCAAGUUGACAUCUUUAUCACUGCGUUUGUUCGUCGUGCGUGCUUCCUAGCUGAAUUAAAAACUAAUUUGGUCGUCCAAUAUGAAGAUGAAUUGUACUUGUGUGAUCCUGUUGCUCGCAGUAUGUGCUUUGUGGAUCUUUGGAGAAACUAUUUCAUGCGAUCAAUGUGGCAGAGAAUGUGCCGAUAUUUGUGGCACCCGGCAGUUUCGUGCUUGUUGUUUCAACAACAUGAAGAAGAGGCAGCUUGAUUUCGGAUCGCAAUCGUGGAUGAGAUUACAUCGGCAUACAAUACGAGUACAUCCAGAUUAUGAUAUGCAUUAAUUACUCAACAAUUUCGUCUCCGAUCGGCUUUAUAUGAUUUUCAAUCAUAAGAUACUUUUAAUUUUCGCUACCUCCAUUAGCUUAAAUAUACAAAAUAUUUCAAACGCAGUAAAAUAAAUAAUUUGAUUACUAAUAAAUCAAAUAGGUUUCGUGAUAAUAAAAAUUGCCAAUUCUAAAUUGGUCAUAAAUAUAAAAUUUAUUUAUACCUUAUUA